CAUAUGUACCAUCUGGGAGACAACAAAUCUGGCCUCGAGUUAUUUGAUAAUAUUCCCAAGGGAAUAUCUGCUGUUUGUAAGUGUGGCGCUGCCCCAAUGAUGAAGAUCUACCUGCACUCUGGCAAGGAACCCCAGGAAACUGAAAGAAAAUUCGAAAAGCUUAGAGAAAAUUGGACAAAAAUUGAAGAUGACCUCGAACCUACGUAUGUCUUGUCCUACCUUUUUGAAAAGAAGAUUCUUGAUAUAGAUGAUACGGAUGUAAUUCGGAAAGCAUGUGCCAGUUCACGGAAAGAGGGGUGUUACGAACUACUGGAGCGAGUGUGGAGAUGUUCUCCAGAAAGGGAUCCUAUGCGUCACUUUUGUAGCGUUCUGCGUGAAAAAUACCCACACCUCGCUGAGCUGUUGGAGUCAUCUCCAAAAACUGCAGACGCCACGGCAGUGAAAACACCUGACGAUAUCGGUGAUAAAUGAACGCAAAUCCGUAAGAAGAGAACAGACAUUUGAUUUGCCCUAAUCUUAAAACACACGUGGACAUCAAUUGAUGCUACGAUCUGUCGAAAAGUAGACACAAAGAUGCACAUUGUUAGAUAAACAACAUUAUGAAAACAGCCCAGUGAUUUUCUUCCUACUUUAACCACAGUUAUGUGUCAGAACUUUAUGUUUAUACAGACGGGCAUGUAGCAAUAUUACUUCAACUGAAUAUUUGUGAUAAUCAAUUAAAACUUGGUGGUGGUCUCUUCUUAGAAGGGACGCAUCCAUUUAUCACAACUAACACAUUGCAAACUGUUAUAUUCAAAAAGUUGUAGAAUGUUUUAUUACACAUUGUGUUUCUGGUAUUAAACAUAGCAGUAUUGC